CAUAGACAUAUAUCAGUCAAAUUAAACUAAGGCAAAGGUUGCUGAGUAUACAGUAGAUGUCAAUAUGAUGAUUCUGUAUAAAUAGUAGCUGGGAUAUGUCUAAUGCAGUGCUUUGAAAUUCAUGCUUGUUUCAUUUCAAUUUACAGAAGUCAUUGCAAUUACUACUGAAAACUGCUCUGUGAAAGGAAAUGGAUUGGAUUGGACCCAUUCUAAUAUUAUUACUAUUUAUUCUUGCAAUUAUGUUCCCUUUGAAAAAGGGCAGUUCCUGGAAUAACAACUGCCCCAAUCUCCCCCCGGGACCCAGGACCAUACCCAUUUUGGGAAAUCUACACAUGAUGGAUCUGAAGAGGCCUCACAAAACAAUGAUAGAGUUGUCAAAAGAAUAUGGUCCCAUUUUUCGUCUUAAAAUGGGAUUCCAGGAGAUGGUGGUGCUGACUGGCUAUGAGACAGUCAAAGAGGCUCUAGUGAACCAGGCUGAUGCAUUUGCUGAGAGAGCCUCCGUCCCCUUUUUUGAGGAUGUUGCAAAGGGCUUUGGUAUUAUUUUUUCUCAUGGUGAGAACUGGAAAGUGAUGCGACGGUUCGCAUUAUCCACAUUACGGGACUAUGGAAUGGGCAAGAGGACCAUUGAAGGCAAAAUCACAGAAGAGUGCAGUGUCUUAAUGAAGACAAUUGAAACCUAUGCAGGAAAACCAUUUGAUAUCACAACAAUAAUGGGAGCUGCUGUUUCCAAUAUCAUUGUUUCUAUUUUAUUUGGCAAGCGAUAUGACUAUGAAGAUGCCACGUUUCUACGACUACUGAACCUAUUCAGUGAAAAUAUCCAACUUUCAAGAACCUUUGAUAUUCUGAUAUACAAUAUGUUUCCCAGGUUGGGGCUCCUUUUGGGUUCUCGUAAGAUAAGACUGAACAAUAGAAAGGAAUUCCAUACUUUCCUACAGGCCACUUUUAUAGAACAUCUCAAUGAUCUUGAUGAAAAUGACCAGAGGAGUUUUAUUGAUUCAUUUCUUGUUCGGCAAAGAGAGGAGAAGAAGAAGACUACUGAGGGAUAUUUCCACUAUGAAAACUUUAGAAGUGUUGUGAGUAAUUUAUUUGUUGCUGGUAUGGAAACGAUUUCAAAUACUCUGCGCUGGGCCAUACUCCUAAUGAUGAAAUUCCCAGGAAUUCAGAGGAAGGUCCAAGAAGAAAUUGCAAAAGAGAUUGGGGUUCGUCAGCCAAGGACAGAGGACCGGGUCAAAAUGCCUUAUACUGAUGCCGUAAUUCAUGAAGUUCAAAGGUUUGCUGAUAUUGUUCCAAGCAAUUUGCCCCAUGCAACCACCAUGGACAUAACUUUCAAAGGCUUCUUCAUUCCCAAGGGAAUGCAGAUUGUUCCAUUGCUAUCAUCAGUGCUCCAUGAUGAAUCCCAAUGGGAGAAACCCUAUGAAUUCUAUCCUGAGCAUUUUCUUGACGCUGAAGGAAAAUUUGUGAAAAAAGAUGCAUUCAUGCCUUUCUCUGCAGGUCGGAGAGUAUGUGCGGGUGAGAACCUUGCUAAAAUGGAGCUCUUCCUCUUCUUUACCAGCCUCUUGCAGAAAUUUACCUUCCAGCCACCCCCAGGAACAUCUACAGAUGAUUUAGACCUGACCCCAGCAAUUGGGUUUAUAACAUCUCCUGUGCCCUAUCAGACCUGUGCCAUUCCACGUUCAUAAAAUACAUGAUGUUCAUAACACCACUUCUCAGUCUUGGAUAAUGUGAUUCUGUAUGGUUUUGGCUUAAAAGGUUGUUUGAAACUUUUAGUUACUUUAAUUCAUUUUUAAGCAAUAUAAAUUUUUCUAUAAUAGUUAUAUAUAUAUAUAUGUAUGUAUAUAUUUGUUUGAAGAAAUUAUUGAUUGCAAUAAUAACCCAGAAAGAAUAAUUAAACUAAUUGAUUGAUGUGCAA